AUGGCAUCGGAGGCAGAUGAAGGAGCGUCCGAGGCGCAGUGCGCCGUCUGCGGCCAGGAGGUGGAGCCCCAGCAGUCUCACAUCGCGGCGGAGUGCUCAAUUUGCGGCCGCCUGGAUCUGCACUCGUGGUGUGCGACCAAGUACACCGGCAGCCGCAUCAGGAUGGUGCACACCAACUCCAAGGGCAUCGAGAAGGGCAAGUUGACUGCCAAGGCCAAGCCAUGGAGGCAGCUGGAGCACAUGCGGCUGGCGUGA